GCCAGCGCCACUGCUAUACGUAUUGUCACACCAACACCUACAAGACAUUGGCGCCCAGAUCAAUAGUGGGGAAAAAAUAUAUAAAUAGUGACACAAAACUAGUAGCAAGGAGCGAAAAAGAACAAAAAGAAAGAGGGUAGAAAAAGGUAGAAAGAGAGAGGCGCUAAAGAUUUGAAGUGGGCAGAGAAAAGUAAAAAAGAAACUCUCUAUACAAUUUGGGUUUCUAUAAGAGUUCAUGAACAGGAAGUGAUCAUUAGAACAUUUGUUUUUUGCGCAGAUUGUGUCUGAAACUAAAAUAGUUAGGAGCAAGUAGGAAAUAGUAGGGACCUUAUGUUGGCCAUUAAACUUCAAAGUUAACCAACAAAAAAAAAAAAAAGCAACUGCCAAUUUGACGUAUGAGUGUUUUUCUUUGAAGCGUCCACUAUUACCUGAUAUUUGACACAGGCUAACUUGAGAUUGUUAUCUAGGCACGCUAUUCUCCAGAUUUAGCAGCUAGUGCUUUUGUUUUCAAUAUUCUACCCCCAAAAAUUUUUGUUUAUGAUCUGUAGCGUUGACGUCAGCACAUUACGGACAUUUAAAGACGAGCGAGUUUCUUGGAAGUAACAUUUGGAGGAAAGAUUUUGUUGGUGUUGGUUUUGUUGCUGUGAUUUCCAGGACUAUAGGCGGCGUGUAACUGUGCUCUUUUCAUUUCGUGGUGUUGAUCCAAAGGUCCGGCUUUAGGCAAAGCUCUUUCGCUGCUUUUAGGUCUACCUGCUGUACUGGUCUUCUGUUCUUAUACUCUCAGUAACAACACACAUCCACAAUGUCCUGUCCUGGAGUUGUAAGGUCAAGCGUUUUGGUGACUCUGGUGGCCACAUUUUUAACUCUGUCCCAGUCAGAUGUAGCCUCAGCGAAGUCUUUAGGUUUGGAGCAAGACUAUUGGUCAAACACACAAGAGAUGAGCAAAAGAAAUUCGUGGUGGAGUAAAAAAUCAUUAGAUUCUUCACCAGACUACCAGCGUUUACUCCAAGAAUCCAACUACAAAGAUAGUGAGCAAGAUUCAAAUGAUGACAAUGACCCAGAAAGUAAUGUCGCCUCACUCUAUAGCUGUUAUGUCCAGACUUGCGCACCGGAAUUCGUUCAAUGUGCGAAAACUUCAAGGACGCGCAAAGGUUUCUCAGCGUGCAAGGCCAAGCAUCAUCUGUGCGCUCUUCAAUGCUGGGUGGACCUCACGGAAUCGAAGUUUGUCUGAUCCUCGACCACUGGGCGACGUCACAUCACAAUCCUUUUUCUCGUGUGUCAUUAUUCUAGAGUGCUUGACAUCACUGGGACAUGAUCCUCCAGGCGUCACGUGAUGUUCGAUGUCCCCCCUGGUCCUUGGAGAUAUGCAUGGAAGAGUGAAAACGCUUGUUUAGUAAACAAAUUGUUUUGUUUUGAUUUUAAAGUUCAGACUUUUCUUUUAUUAUUAUAGCCAUCGUCAUGGAAGGCCUGAACACUGACUUGCAACGUCACAGACUGUGGGCAGUUUAGAUAAAUAGCUCGUUGCCACAUCACAAGUCUGUACGACGUGGCAACGAGCUAUUGGUCUCCACUGCCCACAGGUUGCGAUGUCGCAGCUCAGUGUUGAGGUCUUCUCUAGCGUAUGGUCUUACUGUAUUAGAGGAGCUUCAAAACUAACAUUUCUGGAUUAUACUUAGGUUAAAAGUAACUCUCCAUCAGUUACGAACUAUUCGCUAUUUUACAUUUGUUGUUUGGACAUAUGAAACAUCUGUAUCAAAAAUAUAAACAGGAAAUAAUGUCGAAGUCUUAUUACAAUUUGUGAUUUUCAGAAGAAUACAAACUUUUUUUUUCUUUU